AGAGUCGUGAGUCACGUAUACUCGCUAAAAAAAUGUUGGGAAGUGGCUCUCUUUCUCAGUCUCUGUCUGUGUCUGUCUCUCGCAGCUUUCUGAGGGUGAAAAAACUAAAUGCUAAGUAAAGGCGAAGAUAGAUUUAUUGGUAGGAGUAGGAGCGAUUUGGGCGUAAAGAUGAGCAUGGUUAGGACUCAGGGAAGCUUCCUCGCUAUCCGUACUCUAUCCCCUUCAUCGUCGAUGCCCCGAUGCUCUCACGGUUCUGCUUCUUCAGAUGAUGCAACUUAUGGGACGCCUACAUGGAUUGGUAAAGGCCUUACAUGUGUUUGCUUCAAGCGAAAGGGCAAUUAUGAGCGGAUCUGCAUUAACAUGACACCUAAACAGGAAGAAAGACUGAGAAGAUUGAAACACCGAAUGAAGGUUUACUUUGAUGCUUCUAGGCCAGAUCACCAGGAUGCUUUGAAAGCUCUAUGGUCUGCUACAUACCCUGGUGAGGAGCUCCAUGGUCUGAUAUCUGAUCAAUGGAAAGAAAUGGGGUGGCAGGGUAGAGAUCCAUCAACUGAUUUCAGAGGAGCUGGAUUCAUUUCUUUGGAGAAUCUGUUGUUCUUUGCAAAGACCUUUUCGGCAUCUUUUCAACGUCUAUUGAAAAAGCAAGGAGGAAAGCGAGCUGAUUGGGAAUAUCCAUUUGCCGUUGCUGGUGUAAAUAUCACUUUCAUGAUCAUGCAAAUGCUUGAUCUCGAUGCCUCAAAACCCAGGACUUUUAUCAGAGCCGUGUUCUUGCAGAUGUUGUCGGAAAAUGAGUGGGCCUUUGACUUGCUGUAUUGUGUGGCUUUCGUGGUAAUGGACAAACAAUGGCUCGAUAGAAAUGCUACAUACAUGGAGUUCAAUGAUGUUCUAAAGUCCACUCGGACUCAAUUGGAAAGGGAACUUCUUAUGGAUGAUGUCCUACGGAUAGAAGACAUGCCUUCUUAUAGUCUUCUCUGUUAAUGGUAGUCUACCCGAAAGCAAGAGUGCAGGAAUUCUGAGACCAGUUGAGUCCUUUCUAUCCACGGAUGACCUUAAAGUUGUAAAAUCUCUCUCUCUCUCUCUCUCUCUCUCUCUCUCUCUCUCUCUCUCUCUCUCUCUCUCUCUCUCUCUCUCUCUCAAUACAUCAUACGUACAAAGGCAGUUACCGAGACUUUCGUAUGUAACAUUGUAACUGCAAUAGUUUUCACCACCAUGAUUAGCGAUAUUGUACUUUAUGAUUUUGAGUGAGCUGCCACUGUUUGUUAUGAUGUAAUUAGCGACUACUGAUCAGAAUACAAGUUGGAUACUCAGGUAACCCAGCUUUGACUGCUGAUGAAAUAUGUUAUGUGAACAUCUAAUUCAUACCCAAGCCACUCGUAUAUAUCAAAACAUGUCUAAAUUCUAUUCAA